AUGGAACGUUCAUCAAUAUAUUGGGAUGGCGUAAGCCUAUUGACAGAAUUGAAGGCUUCUAUCCGCUCUAUGUCUAUGCUUAUUUGGGCAUAUGUGGAUGAAAGUGAAGGAACUGAGGAAAGAGAUAGACUUGAAAAAAAAUCCGCUAUAAAUCUUCUAGUGGGAUUUGCUUACUCCACAAUGCAUAAACUUCGUGAGGAAGAUGGAAAGAUUUGUGCUGAUCUUAAACCUUUCAUUUCGAAUUUCAAUUAUGGGUUUGAUGGUCAAGGAGGUUAUUCGGAUACUAACCUGGACAUUUUAUCAUGUUUACUCGCUUAUUUUCAAAAAAUAUCAAAAGAGAAAAAAGCUAAUGACAUUGCGAUUAGUAAUCUAAACGAAAAUUUAGUCAAGAUGAUUAACUGUGUUUCAAAUCUUGAGAAAAUAUUGAGAACUCCACAACCUCUAGCAUCAUUCUCAUUUCCCAAACAUGCUUAUCGAAUUGGUUAUGAGGUCGAAAAUCCAUUUGGAAAUGAUAGUAAUAAUAUUAAUUUGAAUGCCUUUUGCAGUCGUAUCGAACGGGAAACCAAGAUCAUAAUGUCGCGUCCACGUCCAACCUUUGAAAAAAUAUUUUCAUAUGAAUUGGAUAGAAAAGCAACGGAAGAAAUAUUUUCAUAUGAAUUGGCUAGAAAAGCAACGGAAGAAAUUACAAUUGAAGUUAAUGA